CUUUUUCACAACCAAUUCAACCCAUCACAAUCGUUUCGAACGCACCAUUGUGGUAUUGUUUCCCACUGUCCUGGUAUUGCCAUCACACGCUUAUCAAUACUCGACGGCCCUCGCAUCAUUUUCAUCCGCGUCGAUCAUUGCCGGCACGAAUUCUCACCAUCUGAUUUCUUACCACUUUACGCUCCUGCCCACUCUGCGCGCAGCCGACACCAAUUUUUCACAACACUUCAACAAUCACCAUCUUCGCCCCCGACCAACCAUAUAUCGAGGGGCUUGUCAUCACAGACGACUUAACUACAGCUAUCAGCGACCGAACUAUCAAGGCAAUGCGCCUAUCGAAUGGCACCACAUGCUGCAACAUCAAUUUGUCAACUGCAUCAACCCUGAUCCAUCAAGCGCCCCUCUUCCAAUGUUUCGAUGAGGUAUACUAACUAUGUCCACCAUCGACUAGACCUAUGUUUCACCGACUACCAUCUUUCAAAAAUAUGGUGAAGGCUAGAGAAGUGUCAUACUUGGCCCCAAACUGGUCUGCACAACUAGUCGAUACUAUGGUUAUGGGCUCUAUAGUCAAUACGAGUAAAGGUUACUUGCGUGGCAACCCACUAAUCCUAAAGUAUAAGGACUUUCGUCGCCAACUCGCUCAACACCUGUCUAGUUUUUUCAACACACUUGACCCCACUCUCACCGCUCGAGAACAUUGGGAGCAACUCAAAAGUGUGCUCAAAAAGCAAAUGCAGCGGAUUCUGCCGCCAACGUAUAUUAACAAGUCCGGAAAUACCUUGCAUUCUGCAAUCGAAGCGCAACGCAUUUUUACGAAGCAAUCCACCACCCAACAUCCGUGCUGGCGCUGCCGUCAUGGAGCGACACAUUGCCCUGCACAAUAAGAACUGUGCGACACUCUAGCUCUGCGAUCCAACGACGUUGGCGUGAGUACGGCGAAAAAUCUGCGGGCUAUUUGAAGCGUAC